UGUACUUGAGCCGUUUGAAACUCAGUCAGUACUUCCCCCUGCACAUCUGGACCCCUGAGUUCACAAAGAGGUGGGUGGAAACAAUAGAGGCAGCCCCAGGCCAGGAAAAAGUUCCGUUGAAAUGCAAAUCUGCCGGGUGAGUCUGGUUCCAGCCGCCAGCCUAGGUGGGUUCCCUGAGCCCUGCAGCCUCCCACCUGCUGUCACUCUGGCACGAGGGGGCGGGGCGUUCACGACUGUCCAAUCAGAGGAGCCGCUGGCGCAGGUGGGUGAGGCCAUGGACUGGACUUCUUGUGAAGGCGGCUUCCGGCUGCUGCCGCGCUGCAGGGGAGGUGUUGUCUCACCUACGGGUCCUGGUGGCUCUGCCGCAGCCUCUGUAGCGCUGUGACCUGCACUGGCCGUGGGGGUCGUAGGAAGGACUCGGGGGACCCAGGAGCCCUAGAAAUGGACUCAGUGGCCAUUGAGGACGUGGCUGUGAACUUCACCCCAGAGGAGUGGGCUUUAUUGGAUCCUUCACAGAAGAAACUCUACAGAGAUGUUAUGUGGGAAACCUUCAGGAUCCUGGCCUCAGUAGGAAUAACAUGGGAAGAUUGUGAUCUUCAAGAUCAGUACAAAGACCAGGGGAGAAAAGUAAGAGAGCAUAUGGUAGGGAGAGUCUGUGAAAGUGAAGAGGAUAGUCAGUGUGGAGAAAAUGUCAGCCUUCUUCCAAAUCUGAGUCUGAACAAGAUAACUACAGGAGCUAAACCGUGGGCAUGCAGUGCAUGUGGAAGAGCCUUCACGCGUCAUUCAUCCCUUAAAACGCACAUUAGAUGUCACACUGAAUGUAAAACAUAUGACUAUCAAAAAUAUGGAGAGAAGCCAUAUAAAUGUAAGGAAUGUGGGAAAGCCUUCACUUAUCUCAGUUUACUUCAAAGACAUGAAAGAACUCAUACUGUAGAGAAACUGAAUGAAUGUAAAAAAUGCAGUAAGGCAUUUGCGUCUUCCAGUUCACUUCAAAUACAUGGAAGAACUCACACUGGAGACAAACCCUAUCAAUGUGAAAUAUGUCUUAAAGCCUUCAGUUCUACCACCUCUCUUUCAAAACAUGACAGAACGCACACAAGAGGGAAACCCUAUGAAUGUAAAAAAUGCAGUAAAGCAUUCACUUGUUCCAGUUCUCUUCAGAGACAUGAAAGAAUUCAUACUGGAGAGAAACCCUAUGAAUGUAAAAAAUGCAGUAAAGCAUUCACUUGUUCAGGUUCUCUUCGAGUUCAUGAAAGAACUCAUACUGGAGAGAAACCCUAUGAAUGUAAAAAAUGCAGUAAAGCAUUCACUUAUUCCAGUUCUCUUCGACUUCAUGAAAGAACUCAUACUGGAGAGAAACCCUAUGAAUGUAAAAAAUGCAGUAAGGCAUUCACUUGUUCAGGUUCUCUUCGAGUCCAUGAAAGAAGUCACACUGGAGAGAAACCCUUUGAAUGUAAAAUAUGUCGUAAAGCCUUCAGUUAUACGAGUUCUCUUUCAAAACAUGAAAGAACUCAUACAGGAGAGAAACCCUAUGAAUGUAAAAACUGCAGUAAAGCAUUCACUUGUUCCAGUUAUCUUCGAAAACAUGAAAGAACUCACACUGGAGAGAAAUCCUAUGAAUGUAAACAAUGCAGUAAAGCAUUCGCUUGUUCCAGUUAUCUUCGAAAACAUGAAAGAACUCACACUAGAGAGAAAUCCUAUGAAUGUAAAGAAUGCAAUAUAGUCUUCACUGCUUCCAAAUAUCUUCUAGUCCAUUUAAGAAGUCACACUGGAGAAAAAGCCUAUGAAUGUGAGGAAAGUGAGAAAGGCUUUAGUUCUCAUGCAAACUUUUGAGGAUAUGAACAAAUGCACACUAGAGGUAAAACCAGGUAGAUAGAAACAAUUUGGGACUUUUGUCAUUGCACUUCUUUCUUGAAGGCAUGAAAGGCCUCACUGGAUUAAAACAUCUUGAAUGUUCAGAGCAUGAGAAAGACUUCAGUUGGCCUACACCCUUCUAUGUGAAACUCCCACCAAAAAGAAACGUAAAUGUAAGUCAUAUGACAAAGCUUCAUGGAAAUUAAUUUGUAUGUGAGGUUCUAGAAAACUUUCAACAGGAAAGAGUCGUUAUCAAAGUGGUAAAUAUAUUGUAUUGAUAAAUACCCCUACUUAAAGUGCAAGAUUAGACUGGAUUUCUAUAAAUUACUUCAUAAAUAAAUAUUGAGGUGAGAUGAUUCUGCUAGUCAUCCUUCAUAAAUAGUAAAUAAGAUUCAUAGGUAGUUCAUUUCUCUUAAAUCAGUUAGUUUUUUAUCUUUAGUUUUUUUAAUACUGUGUUAAUUGUUCUGUGUUAAGGGGGUAUAGAAACAUGACAGUUUGUAUUUGUUGUGAUUUUCUUACUGGCCUUGUAUUACAGUUCCUGCAUGUUCCUCAUCCAUUGUACAUAUUGUACAUGUUUCAGAGAAAGCGCCUUUUUGGGGGUGUUGGGUGGAGGAGGCUGUUUUUAUUUUGUGUACUAUUAAACAGUUGGGAAACAAUUUAUGUGUGGCAAGUUUAUCCAAGAGUGUACUUCCUGUGAAUUGUUAUUUUCCUAUUUGGGCCUUUGCUGUUUGUCCUUCCUUCUGACUGGUAUUGGGUGAAUAGACUUUGAAUUAAGUAGAGGCCUGUGGCAGGCAACAAAAUCUAGAGCUGGACACAUCACCCCUGUACUGCAUUAUGUCAGUGAGGGUAAUCUGAAGAGCUAGAUCUUUAAGAAUCCACCCCAUUGCUGGCUCCUUGUUGGAAUUCCCCAAUGGCCUCACUUGCAUGAGAUUUGGAAGGCAGAAGCACACAAAGCCUUAGGCCAAUUUUCGAGCCACCACUCAGCGAGUUCCAUAGGAGCUUCAAGGACACCAUCUUCCAUCCUUUUUUUUGCAUUCUUUGCCCUUCUUGUCAAGAGUAUCUUGAAAAGCACCAAGAAUUAGUUGAUUUCCAUUUUGUUAGAGAUGCAUUUUCCACCAGUUUCACAUCAAAGAUCCAUUGGAGUUAGGGUCUUUCUCUAAGGCCUCUUGUGUCCACCAGGAAGCUAAUUCAUACCUUUGUGGUUGGGAGUACUCUCUGAUUCCCCUUUUAUCUUGAUGAUAAUGAAAUAAGGUCUAAUGUGUAUAGGAAACACCUUUGCUGUUCAUAGUGCUAGUGAGCACAUUUUCCUGCUUCACCAUGGCAUCUCCAAUGGGACAUAAAAAGAAGAACCUCUGAAUUUGUUUCUCUGCUGCCUUGUGCAGCAGCUGCCUUGACCCAGUUUUUUCAUGUGAGAACAAUCACCUUUCUCAUGUUGGGAAGACUGUGUGUGUUUCUUGUUACGUGUAGCUUGAAUGUAUUCCCUUGGUGUGUUGUCAGUGACGUUUGAGUAUAUGUCAAUAAAACUAUGUCCAUCUAUUUGGGAAAUGAACACUUCUCUAGUUGUUUCAUUGAUAUGUUUUAUCAACUGUUCCAGUCCAUCCUGUGUUAAUAUUAUUGUGGAUUUCAUUUUUACAGACUAUGAUAAUAUCCAUUUUUGAUUAUGGAUUUUCAGAUAUACUUUGCAAGGUUCUUCAUUUAAUCAUUAUACAUUUUGAGUCAAUUUUAUCAUGUGCAGACCAAUUCAGGGAUUUCUUCAUCAGGCAAACUGUAUUUCUUAUUCUUUUACAGUUACAGUUUUUGUCAUGAAAAUAAUUUCUCAUGCAUUUUUAAGCCAAAAAUUAACCAUCAUGUAUCCUACACAAUAUUUUCAAUAUCUCCUUUAGACUCAGCUGAGGCCUUUGAGUUUAGGUAAAUUGUGAGACAGUGCAAACCCAGCCAGGGAAAUAGGACCACUGUGCCACUCUGAAGCCUUUCCUUCUCUGAGACUGUGCUCUUGCUGGUACCGUCACCGUCCCUCACAAGCCAUGCAGUGUGGAGUCAGUGUACACACUGUAGCAGAGCUGAGACACAGUAGGAUCUGGAUACAGAGCAUGAAACAGACAAGUUCUGGCAGUCCUGGUGCUUCCAUGUUUGUGGAAAAGCAGAAGUGACGGAUGCAGUGAAGCUCUGUCUUAUAGAAUACAAUUAAGUCCUUUGAAGAAAAGUAAAAAAUAGCAUUGAGCUAAUAGGGAGGCUCAGGUGUGUUUAUAUCUUUUCUGUGAGGGUAGGAGUGAGUGAGGAUGUCAUUAUUGUUAUCUGGGACUUGAGACUUCCUAUUGAUCUAAGCCCCAGAUAUUUGUAUUGUCUUUUGUUUUUAAUGUCAUUUGAGAGGAUUUUUAUAUUACCAUUAAAUAUUUAACAUGUUA